GGGAGCAGAGCCGGCGCGCAGGGAGAGCGCGGCGCUGCCUGAGGUCUCCGAGCGGCUCGCCAUGGCUAGCCCGCAGCAGCAGCCCCCUUACCUGCACCUGGCCGAGCUGACGGCAUCGCAAUUCCUGGAGAUCUGGAAGCACUUUGAUGCAGACGGAAAUGGGUAUAUUGAAGGUAAAGAGCUGGAAAACUUUUUCCAAGAACUGGAGAAGGCAAGAAAAGGCUCUGGCAUGGUGUCAAAGAGUGACAACCUGGGAGAGAAGAUGAAGGAGUUCAUGCAGAAGUAUGACAAGAACGCGGAUGGGAAAAUCGAGAUGGCAGAGCUGGCGCAGAUCCUGCCGACCGAGGAGAACUUCCUCCUGUGCUUCAGGCAGCACGUGGGCUCCAGCACCGAGUUUAUGGAGGCCUGGCGGAAGUAUGACACAGACAGAAGUGGCUACAUCGAAGCCAACGAGCUCAAGGGAUUCCUGUCCGACCUGCUGAAGAAGGCCAACCGGCCGUAUGAUGAACCCAAGCUCCAAGAGUACACCCAAACCAUAUUACGGAUGUUCGACUUGAACGGGGAUGGCAAACUGGGCCUCUCGGAGAUGUCCCGACUCUUGCCUGUCCAGGAAAACUUCCUGCUUAAAUUUCAGGGCAUGAAGCUGACCGCGGAGGAGUUCAACGCCAUCUUCACCUUUUACGACAAGGAUGGAAGUGGCUACAUCGAUGAGAAUGAGCUGGACGCCCUCCUAAAGGAUCUGUAUGAGAAAAACAAGAAGGAAAUGAACAUCCAACAGCUCACCAACUACAGAAAGAGCGUCAUGUCCUUGGCCGAGGCGGGCAAGCUCUACCGCAAGGACCUGGAGAUUGUUCUCUGCAGUGAGCCCCCCAUGUAAAAGGGGGGAUAGGGUUGUUCCUCCAUCACCCCCCUCCCCGGUCCUGCCCCCGCUGCCCCGCCACCUCCACCCAAGAUCCGGAGCAUCCCUCCCGCUGCCCCUGCACACACCAGCCCCCGCCAGCCCCGCCCUGACUGACCCGGCGCAGCGCCCCGCCUGUGGUGGGGACACCAACUGCAUGGAGGGUGGGCAGGGGCACGGGUGGGGGUUCCCAGGUUCUCUUGGCCAGUGAUGCAUGAGCUCAUUCGCUGUAUGAUUUCAGCUUCUGUGUCCAACAGAGUGGACCCUCCCCUCUGCCCCCCGCCCCCGUCCCCCGCACCGUGCCACCACCCACCCGAACCCCCAGGCUCCACGCACCACCUCGCUAACGGUGUAGCUGUUUUCUCAGAGUCCUUGUCCGUGGCGGGCCCUCGUCUUCUUGGCUCAGUGUGCGCCCUUCCCCUUUGGGUUUCUUGUUUACCAAAGAAGAGUUCACAGUCAAUAAAAAGGAAAUGUCCUGCUGUGCAAACUCC